CGCCAUCCGGUCCGCGCUUAUUUGCGAAAGCUUGGGGCCAGGUCCUGUGUAGUCCUGAGACGCCGCGAGGAGAGACGCAGCGGGUGGGGCACUGGAUGGAGGCGGUGGCGUCCGCAGCAACGGUCGGGGCUGCGGGUGAAAAAGUAGCCUUGUAGGCACCUAGAGAUCGAAGCGGCAGCAGGGACUGCAUGGCGGGAGACCGGGUCCGCUGGGUUCCCUGAGGUGCGCUCCCUGAAACCCCGGGGAGCCGUAGCCCAUGGGAUCGCUGAGCAGCCGAGUGCUGCGCCAACCGGGGCGAACCCAUGCCCAGCAGGAGCCGGGUUCCAGGACUGCGGGCUCGGCCCGAAGGCCGGAGACUGGUGGUGACGCGGCCGGCCAGGGUUUCUGUUACUGCUCCGGCAGCCGCAAGCGCAAGCGGAGCAGCGGGGCCCUCUGCUACUGUCACCCCGACUCCGAGACAGAGGAGGAUGAGGAGGAAGGGAAUGAGCAGCAGCGUCUCCUCAACACUCCUCGAAGGAAAAAAUUAAAGAGUACAUCCAAAUAUAUUUAUCAAACAUUAUUUUUGAAUGGUGAAAAUAGUGACAUUAAGAUUUGCGCUCUAGGAGAAGAGUGGAGCUUACACAAAAUAUAUUUAUGUCAAUCUGGCUACUUUUCUAGUAUGUUCAGUGGUUCUUGGAAAGAAUCUGGCAUGAAUACUAUUGAAUUGGAGAUUCCUGACCAGAAUAUUGAUGUAGAAGCACUACAGGUUGCAUUUGGGUCACUGUAUCGAGAUGAUGUUUUAAUAAAGCCCAGUCGAGUUGUUGCCAUUCUGGCAGCAGCUUGUAUGCUACAGUUGGAUGGUUUAAUACAGCAGUGUGGUGAGACAAUGAAGGAAACAAUUAAUGUGAAAACUGUAUGUGGCUAUUACACAUCAGCAGGGACCUAUGGAUUAGAUUCUGUAAAGAAAAAGUGCCUUGAAUGGCUUCUAAACAAUUUGAUGACUCAUCAGAAUGUUGAACUUUUUAAAGAACUCAGUAUAAAUGUCAUGAAACAGCUCAUUGGUUCAUCUAACUUAUUUGUGAUGCAAGUGGAGAUGGAUGUAUACACAGCUCUUAAAAAGUGGAUGUUCCUUCAACUUGUGCCUUCUUGGAAUGGAUCUUUAAAACAACUUUUGACUGAAACAGAUGUCUGGUUUUCUAAGAGGAGAAAAGAUUUUGAAGGUAUGACCUUUCUUGAAACUGAGCAAGGAAAACCAUUUGUGUCAGUAUUCAGACAUUUGAGGUUACAGUACAUUAUCAGUGAUUUGGCCUCUGCAAGGAUUAUUGAACAAGAUUCUCUAGUACCUUCAGGAUGGCUGUCUUCUGUGUAUAAACAGCAAUGGCUUGCCAUGCUCCGGGCAGAACAAGACAAUGAGGUGGGGCCUCAAGAAAUCAAUAAGGAAGAACUAGAGGCAAAUAGCAUGAGGUGUGGUAGAAAGCUUGCCAAAGAUGGUGAAUACUGCUGGCGGUGGACAGGUUUUAACUUCGGCUUUGACCUGCUUGUAACUUAUACCAAUCGAUACAUCAUUUUCAAACGCAAUACACUGAAUCAGCCAUGUAGUGGAUCUGUCAGUUUACAACCUCGAAGGAGCAUAGCAUUUAGAUUACGUUUGGCCUCUUUUGAUAGUAGUGGAAAACUAAUAUGUAGUAGAACAACUGGCUAUCAAGUACUUACACUUGAAAAGGAUCAGGAACAAGUAGUGAUGAAUUUGGACAGCAGGCUUCUGAUCUUCCCUCUGUAUAUCUGCUGUAAUUUCCUGUAUAUAUCACCAGAAAAAAGAACUGAAAAUAAUCGUCAUCCAGAAAAUCCAGAAAACUGAGGAUCUUAUUGAUUGGAAACAGUAGCACUUUGAAAACUUUUUCAGCCAGCUUUAACUUAAUGGCCCUAUGAUGUUCACAUCUAAGGUGACUAACAAUGACAAAGGCCUUAUGAACUGUACAGGUAAUAUGGAAGACUAUUCUGCAUCACAUUUCUAUACAUACAUUAAAAAAAAAUUGAAGCCAAGAAGAUAUCUGUCAAUCCAUUUCUGCUAUAAAGAUGUCAGCUCAUGCUUUUAAUUUACUAUCAGUAGAAAAUCACUAUAGGUGUAAUCCAUGUUUCUCUGCAACCAAAUGUAGAGUUAAUUUUUAGCUUAAACUUUGAUCCUACCUAAUGUUAAUGUACUCAGUUAUCCAUCUGUAAAUUUAUUUUGUUUGUCUGAAAGAAGACUAAAGAAACAAUUUGAAAGGCCAAUUAUCAAUGAUCUUUCAGUUGAUGUAUUUAAAGCUGUCAUUUAAAUUUUUUCAAUUGCUCUUUAUGAUUCCUCCUAAUAUCCUUCUAAUAUGUAGUUGUUUUUAGUCAUUAAAUACUUUUUUCAUGGCUUUGGAGACUAAGCUGAGGAAACUUUUUAUUUAACUUACCCGUUUGUAUGCUAUUUUAAUUUUGUUUUUUUAGUCUUUUAACCACAACAACAACAAUAAAUCAGUUUCAGACUUUCAGAUGAACUGGAAUGGGAGAAGUCAGUGUGACUCUGAGUAUAUUGCUUUGCCUUACAUGGUCUCUUCUUUGACAUGCUGUACAACUUUAUUAUUGUGUCAAAGAUUAUUUAUGUAUCAAACAUCACACUUUAAACAUUUCAUAGUCUAAUCUUUAGAAGUAUUUAUGUUCAAAUUUUGGUUGGGAAUCCUAUUUCCUACUUAAGCUCAGGACUUUAUAACCUCUGAAUUGAGUGCCUUUGAGUUACACAUGCUAAUAGAAGUUUCAUAGUAAUUGUAAAUAAAGUUGAAGGAUGUCAUAGAAGCUGGUAAUAAAGCAUUAAUGUAAAAUAGAACUUAUUUUUGUCAAAAAUGAGAUGUACACUUGUCAUGAUUUAUAUAUGUUGGCUUCUUGUGUUUACCGUCAUUUUGAAAAUAGCCAUGCUCUUUGUCUUUCCAGUCAAAGUGAAUACUUUUUUGUGGUUAAUGUAUAUUUUUAGUAUGUUUUAAAGAAAAAUGGCAAUCACUUUUAUGUAUCUGUACAUAUAAUAAAUACCCAUUUGGAAAAAGAAUAAAAAUGUCUUUUAUGAAAUGGACCAAAAAAAAAACUUAAUUGAAACCAGAACUUUUUUCUUUGAAGUUAGAUAUUUUCCAAUUAGAUUUAACUUUUGGAAUUCAUUGAUAGUUUUUCUUCCCAGUAAUAUGUCUAUAGGUUUACAAAUUGCUUUUGUUCUUUCAAAAUUCAUUCUCCUGGUUAAUUUAAAGGAAGAUCUUAAAUGCUUCCACCUUCUUUAUCCCCCAGAACUGCAGUUUUAAGUGUUUCUAAUACAAUAGUUUAGCUGCAUCAAGAGGCUACAUUUCUUAUUUUUAUAUUUGGCUAUAAUUAUAUCUCACACGAUGCUUUUGAUUUUCUCCUACUUGCUGCACCAGAGGUUCCUUACCCUGUAUAUAUUAAAACAUGUAAAUACCAAUCUUAAAGUAUUUUACUAAUUGAAUUUUUUCAAAUCUUGGGAGGAAAGAUAAGUAGUUUUGAGUAUAUUCAUGAGUUAUUUAAUUUCACUUAUAUAAACUGAUCACAUUGGAAUUAUUAUAGGUUCUUGUCCAUUGGUUCAUUGCUUGUGUCACCCACAAACAAUUAAUAAUUUCUUUAGUAACAAGUAGGUUGUGUUCUUAUUUGAAAAAUUGAUAAUUAGUUCUUCACAUUAAUAUCAAAGAUCUGUUUUUGUUUUCUUACCAAAUACUUUAAUGUUUACAUACUUUUUACUCUUUUUAAUAAGAAUAUUUGCAAUAAAACAUUAAUAGUGUCAGCUGACAUACUGUAUAAACUA